CGCGAUAGUCUCGCGUUUCCACACGGGAUUAAUCUGGCAGGGAACUUAACAAGUUUACCAAAAUAUUAUCAUUUUACACUUACAGUUCCCCCAAAAGAUAGAAAUCAUGAUACUGCAUAAAUAGUAAUGGUGCAGGUGAAAGAGAAUGGUAGUUGUUCACAUUUUAUAUGGAGCCAUUUAAAUUGACUCUACAGCAAGUCACAUUUAAAGAGGGUGAAGAAAAUCCUAAUCAACUAUUCGAUUCGUUUGAUGCUGUUAUAAACUGUAACUACGACUCAAAGAGAUCUGAUGAAAAAGAACCUGCAACUAACAUCUAUAGAAAUGAUUAUCAGAAUGUUAAAUAUACAACUUGUAGUCUAGAUUUUACUACCCAGGCUGUAGGUAUUCAGGUUCCUAGUAGAAGUGGAGUAGUAAAAACAUCUAGAACAGAUUGGUAUAAUUAUACUGGUGCAUCACCCAGUACAUCACUUGAUGAUUUUGUUAUAAAUGCUGAUGUUAAUUUUACAUCACAAGCAAAACAUGAACCAAUUGUAACUGAUAUCUCUACAAUAGCAAAGAUAUCAUCUAAUUCAUUAGCUGCCAACCAGCAUAUACCUUUUACCAAAAAGAAAAGAAAAAUCAGAACAUUUCUAACAACAUCCCUGAAAACAACCAUGCCAACUGAAAUGGAAACUAAUACUGAUCAACAAGGACUUGUACAUACACCUGUACUUGAUUCUUCUUUUGACACGGUAGCUGAAGCUCUACAUUUACAGAGAACUGUUAUUGGUAAUAGUAACAUCACUCCAGCUCCUCCUGAUGUAGUAGCACAGAUUGUAGCGGAGGCAGAGAGAAAAUUACGUCUAGAAUCCGAAAGUAAUGGCAGUGUGUCAUCAUUAUCAGAAACAUCUAGUCUACAUUCUGAACAGAUGAUGUCACCAAACACUGACAGUGGAACACCUAAACAACCAGAUCAGCCACCAUUUUUUCCCAGCGGGGCCAUUUCUAAAAAUCCUCCAAGGCUUGAAAUUGAUACCAGUUCUGUGGACUUAGAUAAGUCUUAUGACAGCAUCUCACCAAGGGAGUUAAUCCGCAUACCAGCACAUGAUUUGUCAGUAACCAAAGAGAAGUCUGGAAGUAAAGAGAAAACCGAAAAAGAAAAACAAAAUGUCAAACCUAAAGAUUCUUCUGGGGGACAAAUCAAUAAAAAUAUUCAUGAUAAGAUUACAAAGAAAAAAUCAAGAGAGAAACUGGUUGAGCAAUAUCAAGUCACAGACACCCAGACAUUUCUUCAGUCCCUUCCACCAGUGAAAAAUGUUGAUCUCGCAGAAUUCCAGUCCCCUGAAAAAAUCAGUGAUGACAUUGUACAGAAUGCACCACAGAGAGAGGAUUCAGGAAUAGGACUGGAUAAACCUUAUACCUCAACCCCAAAUGGGAAAGAAUCAUCUAAAACAGAAUUUGUUCUCCCACCGUUAGGGCCACUUUUUACCAAUAUUCCAAAACCCUCUUUUACUUUCACUAAAAUGCCAAGACCAGCACCUCAUAUUUCUACAGAUGAAAACAGUAAGGUUAUUCGAAAUCAGUUAGAUACUGUUUUACGUGAUAAAGCAAGGCUUGAAGGUCAGCUUGAAGUUCUCACACAGGAAUCCAACACAAACCUGCAGGAAAGAGCAGAACUUCAAGCACAAUUAGCAUCCCUGAAACUCAAACUGUUGUCCAAGAUCAAACCUGAAAACGAUGAUAAAAAAGCAGCUUUGAAGGCAGAUUUGGAGAUGUUAAGACAGUCUAGACAACAACUAGAAGAUUCCAUGGCAGAAACUCAAAGACAAUUAGAUGAAAAAGCACAAGAAUCAAAAAUUUUACAAACAGAACUACAGGUCACUCAAGAUGCUAUGGAUAAGCUUCAUAUAAGAAUGAAAGAAUUACGAGACACCUUGUCUGCCAAGGAAAUGACAAUACAAGCUUUAAAAAAUAAGAUUGCUGAACUUUAUGUUGAGGUGCAGAAUACUCUACAGGCAAAAUCUGAAGCUGAUGCUGAUGCUGAAAUUUCAAAAAGUGAUCUCACUGCACUGAUUAAUGCAAAAGAAUGGUACCAGCAACAAUUGCAACUAGCUCAUGAGGUUAGGUGUAGCUUGCAAAAAGAACUGACAAUAAUACAAGCACAAAGUGUUUCACAGUGUUCGAUAGUUGAAAGGUUAAAAAUGGACAACACAAAACUCAGACAGCAAUUAACUGAAUCUCAACAAAGAGCUUUAAAAGAAAAGGAAUUGUUAGCAAAGCAUUUAGAAGCGAUUCAAACUGACAUGAUGGACAGGGAAGCAGCUUUUAGAGAAAUGCAAGGAGAAAAGAAUCUGAUUGAAGACUCAUUUAAUUCACAAUGUAAAACUGUGGAAGAUGAACACAGUCGAUUAGCCUAUUUGAUGCAAGCUACUGUUGACCUAGAAUCUCAAUUAGAAAGAGCCCAAGGAGAUGCAAAGAAAAAACAAAUACACAUCUUAAAUCUUGAAAAUAAACAGAUUGAUUUGGAGAAAAAGUUAACCCUGUCCCAAGAAAAGAUAAAUGAAAAAGAUGGUCUUGUUGAGGAACUAAACCAAAAGAUGAUUGAAGUGGAAACCCAAUUAAAAGCUUUUCAAAAUGGUAUAUUUGCAAAAGAUACAGAGAUUUUGAAAUUAAAGGAAGAGAAGGCAACAGCAGAAAUAGCACUAAAUGGAGCUUUGAAAGAAAAGGCAGCAGUUGAUAAUGCUCUUGAUGUUCUGAAGUCAAACUUGGGAAAAGUUCAGACAAGCUUUAAACAAAUGAGACAAGAUCUAAGUAAAAAGGUUAAUGAAUUGGAGACUGUGAAAACAGAGAAGAAUGAAUAUCAUGUUGAACUAGAAAAAGCAAAAAAGGAAUUAGAGAUUAAAAGAAGGAGCUAUGAUACAAUCCAUCAAGACUAUGAUGUUAAAGCAUCGGCGUUAAAUGAAAUCCAAGUCCAAAAGUCCAUGUUGGAAUCACAGAUACAAGAAUUGAAGAAGCAAAUAUCAGAUAUUGUAGAAACUGGGGAGAGAAGAAGUGCUGAUCAGAAAGCUAAAGAAGUUCAGUUGCAGGAAGAGUUACAGGAAACUAAAUCAAGGCUGGUGGUGGUGCAACAACAGUUACAAGAGGAACUCAACAGAAAAGAGGACGCUCACCUUGUGCAGCACAUUGAUACCAAAAGCGUUCAAGAAGAAGCUUUGAUCACCUCUAAUGAUAUGCAAGAUAAAGAAGUCCAAGUAGCUGAAGAAAAGCCUCAAAACGCAGCAAAUAUAGAAGUCUUAGCACAAGAACAGCAAACAGAUCUGACCCAUACACGUGUGACUGAAAUGGAAGAGGCUACAACAAAUACUAAUGUUCAAGAAAUAUCUGUGAACACUGUAAAAAUUGAACAGAAAGAUGUUGAUAUGCAAACCGUAGAUGUAAGGGAGUCAAAACCAGAUCAGAUUGAAUCAUCUGUUAAUACAGAGACUGUUCAACUUGUAGACAGUAAAAUUCAAACAACAAAUGAACCUAAUGUAGUGUGUGAGGAUGUGUCUGUAAAUACUGAUUUGUUGCAGCAAAAACAUAUCCAGAGUCAAACCACAGAAUUAGAAAAAUGUCCGUCUGUGGAUUGUUCAGUACAAGCAACUGUUGAAAUGUCUGUAUCUGAAGUAAAUGGUGCAGAGAAUAAUUUGUUGACGGAAACAUUUACACAAACAAUUGAAAGCACAUAUUCAGAUUUUGAACCUAAGCCAACUCUGGAACAUGUAUCUGUUAACACUGAAGCACCAGAACUAAAAGACAUCCAAAGUCAGACUACAGAAGUUAAAAAACAACUAUCUGUAGAUUCUUCUGUGCAAACAUCCAUUGAAGCAACUUCUUCCAGUAGUGAUACCUUAGAAAAGCCACCAGCAACUGAGGCCUUUACACAGACCCUUGAAGAAACCAAGAAAGAAGAAACAGUCGUUGAAGAUGUAUCAGUUAAUACUGAGAUGAUAAAACAAAUAGAUAAUCAAAGUCAAACUACACACAUACAUGUAGAAAAACAAGCUUCAGUAGAAUCCUCAGUACAGACUUCAGUGACUGGUAGUGAUGGUGUUAUCGAGCUAUCUUCCUGUGAGUUUUCUACCCAAUCUACUGAUGAAUCUGCUGGUGAUUUAAAAAUACCAAAGAUAAUUUCAACAGACACAUCGAUGAACACUGACAAAAUGGAACAAAAAGAUAUCUACAGUCAAACAAUCGUGGUUGAAUCUGCUGACUCCUCAAUUCAAACAUCAAAUGAAACUGCUGCUUCUGAAUUAGAUGUUAUUAAAAGACAUCCAAACACUGAAACUGCUACACAAACCGUACAAAUUCAAGUAGAGCCACAAACCAAAAUCAUUUGUGAAGAUGCAUCCAUCAAUACAGAAAGAUUGGUCCAGACAGAUAUGGAGAGCCAAACUUCAACUAUACAAAAAUGUUUGACUGUGGAAGCAUCUGCACAAACAUUUGUUUCAAAUGCAGAUAGUGCUACCACUGAAAAGCAACAGUCAACUGAGUCUUUCACCCAAACUAGCAUUGAGAAUAAGCCUGAUGUCAAAACAGUUUCCCAAAAGACACAAGAAACAGCAACUUUUAUAGAUACAACUGAAGCUGCAAACCAGACUGAUAUUCCUGAUGUUGUCAUGGAUGUGCAGUUAAAAGAUUCUUCAGUUACUGAAUUAUCUGAUAAAACUGAUGGUGGCUCUAUUUACAAUCAACUUUCUAGUCAGCUACCAAAGGUUGAUCAAAGAACUAGUUCUUUAUCUGUACAGCAGAGUACAGUGGAUCUUACUGUGGAGCAAAGACUUCAGGGUGUCAAUGAGCAGAAAACUUUUAUUAUUGAAGGUGUUUCUAAUGAUAAAUAUGAAGAACUUUUGACUCAAAAUGCUAAUCUAAACUCAAAAAUGGUGAAUCUUGAAGAUAACCUGGCAUUCCAUCGUACAGAAGCUAAGGAGAUCAUUUCUAAACUUAAUGAUAAUCUUUUAGCAGUUCAGAAUGAACUUACUGACCGUCAGACAACUUUUAAUGAAAAUGUUGAAGCUUUAAGUACAAAAUUACACGAAACUUUGGCUGAGAAACAACAACUUGAAAGAGAACUUGUGGAGACACAGGAGAAAUAUAAACAAAGUACAACAGAAAACCAACAAAAGUUCAGAAAUCAAAUUCUGUCCAUAGAAAGUGAAUUAAAUGCUGCACAAGUGAAAAUAAAAGAAUUAGAGAAUUACCUACUGGCUUUACAAGAAUCUAAAAAUGCUGAAAUAAUAGAACUACAACAACAAUUAGCUACAGUUGUAGAAGAAUUAGAUCUGUCUAAACAAGAACAGACAGAAGCUAUAAAAACUGAAGAACUAAAUAAACAGUUGGCUUUAGAUUUAGAAAAAGAAAGAGGAAGAUUAGAAGGAUUAAUACAGAACAAUACAUCUUUAAAACAACAUGUUGGUCAGUUGGAAGAGGCACUGGCUAGACGAGAAUCUAGUCUUGUUGAAUUACAGGCUCAUCUCUUAGAUUCUAAUAAAGACAAAGACAUGUCAACUGAAGAUUACCUUAAAAGAGUACAAACUCUAGAAAUGAGCCUCCAAAAAGAGAAGAACAGUCAAAGAGACCUUAGAAAACAGAUUGGGGUGAAAAUUACUGAAAAUAAAAAACUUAAAAAACACCAAGAAGAAUUUAAACGAGAACAAGAAUUACUGAAACAGCAGGUGGAGCUUCAUGAACAGGAAGUAGAGAAAUUACAGACAGAGCUAGAUAACAAUAGAGACUCCUCAGUUGCCCACAAAGCGGAAGUCCAGUCUCUUCAGUCAGAGAAGAAGAGUCUUCAGCUAGAAUUAGAACACAUACAGAGAGAGUUAGCAGAUAAUUUAGCUAGAAAUCCAUUAAUACAUGAACAAAUGGAGAGUUUAGAAUGGCAGAUUAGUCAGAAGAAUAAGGAAGUAGAAUUUGCACAUGAACAGGUGAAAUCAGUUGAAAAAAGACAACAAACAGAAAUUGAUCUUCUACGACAAACUAUAAAAGACAAACAGUUAGAAAUAGAAGAAUUACAAAAAGAACUUUCAAGUGCCAAAAAAGAGAAAACUGACCAAAAGUCACGGGUGACUGAACUACGCAGUGCCUUAAAGUCUUCAGUUCAGUAUCACAAGUUAACCAAAAAGUUGAAUUCCAAAAAAGAUAAAUUGAAAAGCAUUGACUCAGGUAUGGAAGAAAAGGAUGACAAUGAGUGUAUAGAAGAAUGUAAAGAAAAUGGUUUAAUGUUAGAUAAAGGAAUACAGGUUAAUGUAGAAGAUACUAUGGUAUUACCUGAACCUAAUUAUGAUUUUGAUGCUAUAGAAACAUUACUAGAACAGACAGCAAUACGGACGUUAGAAAGCAGGCCAUUAGACAAUCUUCAGUCAUGUUUAAUAUCAUUAAAAUCUCAGAUCAAUGGUUUACAGAUGUCAAUGGAAGUACAUACAACUAAUAUACAUAGUUCUAAUCAAACAGCCAGUGAUAUAGAAAAAGAGGUACAUGAACUACAGCAAGUUGUUAAAACUGUUGCUAAUACAACAUUCGCUUCCUUAACAACAGAGACGGCUUCCAUAUCAACAGAAGGUGCACAAGAGGAAUAAUUUCAUGGGGAAAUAUGGGAUUAAAUGUUUAUUUGUAGGGGAAGUUUCAUGUAUUCCCAGAUUCUUAAAAACGGGAAUAUUUACAUUUAGAAAUUUAGACAAGUGGCAGUAAAGUAUUGGGUAUGAUGGGAAUCUAAGUUUCGAUUCCCUUUGUUAAUGUUUGCCAAGAUAAAACAAUUAUGGACUCCAUUUAUUAUUUAAUCAGCCAUCAUAAAAGUUGCUGUAUCAUUUAUUUCAUUGUAUCUAGCAUUAUUGCUUUGUUAUAAUUAUGCAAACUUUACUAGUCUAAUUAUUAAUCGCAUGAAUAUUAAUGCUAACAAAGAUAUCGAUCGCUAUUGCAUUGUUCCUGCUAUUUUAUAAAAAUCACACAAAGUAACAUUCCUCAUUUUAGAAAUAUGUCAAAAUAUUUAUUUAAAAAUUGCUAUUAUUGGUCUUUUGUAUGUGCAAUGUUUUCUAGAGUCAUCUAUUUUUUUUUUUUUUUAAAAACCUGUUUAUAUACGGACAGUAUUUUAUUGUUACCUUAUUACAGCUUAUAUGUUUCCAAUCGGAUACCUUUAAUAUAUGUUGAGAGAAUGAUUUAAAUAAAUAAAUGUAUACAAGUAUAAACAAAUAUUUGUCCUUAUAAUUGUCAUUUAAUCCUAUCAGAUGACAAAAAUUUUACCUGUCAAAAAUAUAAGUUUGAAUCCCAUGUAAAAAAGAUGUUGAAUUUUAUUGCUAUUAGUUUAAAAGAGUAUAUGAAAUUAUCUAUACUUUAUGAUAUAACAUAAAUUGAACUACUGUAAUUUUUCAAAAAUUGGAUCUUUUAUAAUAAUUUGUUGUACAUACAGGUAGUAUGUUGAUUAGUUUGAGCAUAAUUAGGAAAAUACAGGUAAUAUUUUUAAAUAGGUAAAUCAAGUUAUGAAUAUGUAAGGUUGUAUCACACUGUGCUCUUUUUAUUUGUAAAUAAUUUUUUGGCUACUAAAUUUUUUCUGAAAAGAAUGAAAGCUGUCAACAGUAGUAGAAUUACACGAAUGUUCAUUUAAUCUGCCUUAUGAAAUUUAUGUAAUCUGCCUUUAUUGUUACAUCUACACAAUUAUUUUUGUUGAGGUCAAUGUGAUAAUUAUAAAUACUUCUGUCACAAUUUCUAGUAAAAUCAAAUUAGAGUUUAUUAUUUAAUUUUAUUUGAACUUUUUUUUUCUAUAAAAUUUAUGCAAAAACACAUCUAGACAAGAGUUUUGUAAAGGACUGUGUUGUGGAAAAUUUAGUUUAGUUAAUUAAGCACCUUUACCUCAUACAAAAGUGGACAUGAUUAUGUUUGUAGUAUUCUGGCUUGAUUGUUAAAGAUGUCCCCUAGAGCAUAAUUCGGUCAUCUUUUCGACCCUCUUUACUAAUUUUUAUCUGAAAGCAUGAUAUAUGUAUUGGCCAUGAAAAAUCAAAUCAUAACCUCAUAAGCUAACAAUAAAUUAAAUGAGUUUAUUAUUAAAGAGCAUGCUUAUGCAUCCUCUUAAAAAUUUACUACUUAUGUUGUUAAAAUGUGUCAAUUAUCUAAAAAGAAAAACUAGACUUCUUUAGGUAACUUAAAAACUUAAAAGAUGUUAUAGUAAAGUGUUUGGUAACAAAUAUAUUUUGUUUGUAAUACCUGUAUGGGCUGUAUGUAUGAAACUAUAUGAUAUAAAUCUAAAUUUUGUAAAAUAUGGAAUUUGUAUGGAUCUCAUAUCACUUAUUUAUUUUAUCUUUAUUUCUCUGUACUUAUAUGGAAGAAUAGAGUUUAUAUUCAUAUAACUAAGAGUUCAAUGAUUUCAUCUUUUAUUUAAAUAAUGUCAUAUAAAAUAAAAUAGGUUAUUAUUGGUGUGAGGGGCUUUAGCAUGUAAUAUAUGUAAAUUAAACAAUAUAUAAUAUGGGGUUUAUCAAGUCUUAUAAUAUUGGGAGAGCACCAUGAUAGUAUUUUCAACUCACCAUAGGGCAAUGAAUAUAAUUAGUACACAGAUUAAAUUAUUUUACAAUUUUAACUGCAACUUGUAGAUCUAUCUGAAACUACUGUCCCAUCCACUGGGAUUAUUAAAUUUGAGUUUGCUACUAAGUACAAUACUGAUUUUCCAUCAUUUCUAUGGUGUGUGGGGUGGGGUUGGAUUGGAUGGCUGAAUGGUUAGCGUGUGUGCGUUGCAUCAUAAGGUCUAUCAUUGAGUCAACUGGCGUGGUUUCGAUUCCCCGUUGUAUAUGACAAGGAGUAGGGUUGCCGUCCAACCUCGUUUUUUUCCAGGUCCUCCGGUUUUCUCCCACUGCUAAAGACCCCUACAAGCAAGCAAAUUAUUGAAAUAAAAUUGAACCAUAUGUUAGUCCCGAAAUGACCUAGAUUGUGUCAAGUGGACGUUAAAAUCUCUCUUGUAUGUUCCCUUCCUAUUAUUUAAAAAUACAUUAUGGAGAUUCGAUAAAGAGCUGGCUGUUCUCACUAUAAUAGUUAAAACUAGAUAUUGUAAAGGAAAUUUGCUGAAAAUUUCAGUCAAAUUGAUCGACUCUGAACCGAGAAUUUAGCGAUUAAGUUUUGUGCCUAGCCUUGAUCAUCAUUACUAAAGUCGGUUAGAUAAAAAAAACAGUCUCGAUUAUCCAUUUUUUGAUUUAAUCAUGAGUGAGCGGUGGGCAGCAGAUUGGAUCCUAAUCCAGCAAAUAUCACAGGCUAGCGAUGACAUCGGGAGUUGAUUAUGGUCUUGAUAAGUUAAUUAAUGUCUAAUUAAUAAUUUAGAUAACAUUUCAGGCCUAAAGAAUGAGCGUUGGGCAGUAGAUCAGAUCCUAAUCCAGCAAAUAUCACAGGCUAGCGAUUAUCAGGAGUUGAUUAUGGUCUUGAUAAGUUAAUUAAUGUCUAAUUAAUAAUUAAGAUAACCUGCAAUAGGCAGAUUUAGGUCUUACAUAAUGUAUGUUUAAAAUAAGGUUUAUAUAAAUAGAACAAUCAUACACAAAGUUAUGGCUUAGUAAAAUGAGUACAAACAUGAAAAUUCUAAUGAAAAAUCCCCAUAUUCACAAGAGGAAACUUUUGUGGGGUACACACAUAGUUUAAAUAAUCUCUUUUAUUUUGAUAUGUCAAUUUUUACAGAAAUAAUUUAGUUUGAUUUUUAUUUUUAAACCAUAUUGCAGACUUUUUACUAGAAACUUUUUUCAUGAUGUGGAAUCAUCAAAUGGUUGUUAAAUUAAGACAUUUAAAGUUAGAACCAGUUAUUGACUGUGGAAUAUUUGAUAUAAUGGUAGUAUUAGUGUAUUAUACACAUUUAGUGUAGAAGGUUUAAUGUACGCAUAAUUAUAGUAUGUUUGUUAUUUAUUUUGUCAGGUUCUGUUUGUUUGUAUUUAAUCAUAUUUUGUUUACAUGUACACAAAUAUGCAUAUUUUAUCAGAUGUAAAUAAGCUUAAUGGCCUAAUUGACCUAACCCAGUUUUAUCUAGAGUAUCCCCCAGACUUACAGCAUCACACAGACUACAUUAAAAGUCUUAAAACCUACUGAAGGUAUUAUAUGCAAUAAUAAAAUUCUUUUCUUUAACCUGAAAAGUAGGUUGACUGCAUCCAUAUCAUAAAUGUAUAAACCAGUAAAUAAAUGAUGUGAUUCCAGAAUCUGUAGCUGGUUUUAAUACCUUAAAUCCGAGCUCUAACCCUUAGUGAUAUAGUCACACGGGGAGGGGUGGACAAGUUCUAGAAUCUAGCCAAAUAAAUAGAAUUCACUAUCUUUAGCAAAUGUCUUCUCAUAUCACAUUCUGGAGAGACAAAUAAAUAGAAUUCACUAUGUUGAAUUUAAGAUCUUAGACAAAUGCCUUCUCAUAUCACAUUCUGUCAAGAGACAUUGGGUAUUUCUUAGAAUUGUCACAUUGUAAAUUAGCUCCAAUUUAUCUUCAUUAGUGCUGAUUUACCUUUUUUUUUUAACUAAGAUUCAUCCUUGUAUUCAUAUGUCUCUGUUGUAAUACUUUGUGAUAUAAUAUACUGUAUCUAUAUACUAUAAAUAUAAAUUAUUUUUACCUUUAAAUAAAACUUUAUAUAUAUACCCUUUACUUUACUACACAACAUAUGUAUAUAAUUUGUUGAUUUUGAGGGAAAUAAAA